AUGUUGGGGACUCUGUUACUGGAGGACAACGAUGGGUCCGUCAUGCCAACCAUCAGAUCUCAAUGUCAACUGGAUGCCGAUAGCAUCACCAUGGAGAUAAUGAGGCGCUGGCUGAGGGGGAAAGGGAAGCAGCCGGUGACUUGGAGAAACUCUGACGGACUCUCUCAAGUCCAUUGGUCUCUCUCCCCUGGCCUCCUCCAUUGA